AUAUUUAAAAAAUUCGAAGUGCUUGUGCAACGAACUUUUUGCUUAACCGAGGAUUUUGUGCCAGUGUUGGUGUUAUUGUGUUGUACUUAGUUUUGUACAGAACAAAAAGGAGUUGUGGCAGACUGUGAAAUGUUGAGAGAGUGUUUUUGUCAAUAAGAUCGUGUGUAAGAACUGUGAUAACCGACUAUAGUGCAGUGUUCAGUGUCCUGGAUACAUUGGACGGCGCUUACUAACCGGCCUGUAUUGUCUUGAUGUCAGUCCGCUCCGAAAGUAAUGGAUAGCCACAGUAGAUCGGCCUCGCCGCGCGAGCCCAUGAGGCCGCAGCAUCGACCCCCCUCCCCGCCGUCAUCACCAGGCGCCUUCGACAACAGGGCCUACCAACACGACGAAUCAGACCCCAACCACAAUGACUCCUUCGCCUCAAACGGUCCACAGCAAAACGGACACACGAAAGAACCAAAUGGUGAAACCAAAACCUUGGAAGCAGUCAACUUAGAACUGAUCAACCUCACCCCCAAGAAUGGUAACGCGAAGAAGAAGGAUGUCGAGGUGGACAUGAACGCCACUAACCCAUACGACGAGUACUUCGUGCCGGUCAACGAACAUAGGAAGUACAUGAGGGGCGAGAAACUAUACGUGACUGCGGACAAACGGGGUGAGAAAGGAGGUUGCAAGCGACCUCUUUGCUGGACCCUGCUGGGACUAGUCGUUGCCGCUAUAGUCGCCAUCAUUGUUUUAGCAGCAACGGGUAUCCUAUUCACGAGCUCGCCAACUCCUUUGGAGCAAUACAACGCAUCGGUGAACUCUGCGCGGGCGCUGGGUGGGAUCGGCCAUGUUCACCAUGACCAUGGAACUGAUCAUCAACACCAUGAGGACCACCAUAGUGCUGAACACGAUCAUAGCAUGGAGACGACGGAACAUCAACACGGACCUGAACCCCAGAGCGAUGAAGCUCACGAACCCUCCAGUAAUUCGGAGGAAACCGGCGACUUCACUAUGUAUGUGCCCAGAACUGUGGAAGGCGAGCUGAAGAUUGACAACGAAGAGUUCUCUAGCGCGCUUCAAGACCCUGAGAGCAACGAAUAUAGAGAAUUUGUCACCAACUUCGUCCAUGGAAUAAAGAGAGCAUUAUUUGAUAGGAACCACUUGGACAAUGGAGAAAACGAGAUCACAGUCGAAGUUACACAGCUGAGGAAAGGUUCGAUCAUCGUCACCUACCGAGUACAUUGGAAGCCCAAGCUGAAUGCUGAACCCACGGAGGAUUUGCUUAACGCUAACAAACUUGAGGCAAAACUCAACGAAUACCUCUCCAAGAACAACCGAAUGAUCAACGUUUAUCACAUCGCCGAAGACAAGAUAACUACCAGACCAGUUCUAGAUAUCUGUCAAAUAAACAAAAAUGGUUGCGAACACGGGUGCGAUUUCGAUGAAAUGACUCUAGAGUUCACUUGCACCUGCCCUCAUGGUCAAAUACUAGACAUGACGAAUCCUAAAAAGUGUGUAUCACUAUUAGACACGGAAACACAACAAGAUAAGGACUUCACGGUUCUUACAGUAGAUGCGCAACCAAUGACUACAAAAAUAGUCCCCAUAGAACGCACGCCCGCUACUGAAGCAGCUACUUCACAAGAGCAUAAUUUCGACUGGAAGGAAACACAUCAUAUGAUGCCAGAAACGACAACUGAAAAUGAAUCGGAUGUAAAUUUCUCUCAUAUUUUCGGCCAUCCUAAUAACCAAGAACAGUCCGAAACCACCAAGUCUGAUUCCAGUGAAGAACAUCCUACACCCGAGCCAGAACCUAAAGCUGAGCCUGAACCGAAACUGGAGCUAGAAGCUAAACCUGAACCUGAGCCAGAACCUAAAGCUGAGCCAGAGCCAUCAGCAGAGCCAGAACCAGUAGCAGAGCUGGAGCCAGCAUCAGAGCCUGAACCGGCAGCCGAGCCUGAACCAUCAUCAGAGCCGGAGCCAUCAGCAGAACCGGAACCAUCAGUAGAGCCAGAACCAACAGCUGAGCCCCAUCCGACCGCCGAACCAACACCUGAACCAACUGCUAUAAAACAGCCAGAACCUGUUGCUAAAACCGAACCCGAACCAACCGCAGAGCCAGAACCCACCAUAAAAUUCGAACUUGAAUCGGAUUCAAUGUCUAAGCCGGAACCUGACUCUGACACAGAAUCAGAACCUGAACCAAAGGCUCAGCCUGAACCGUCUGUUGAUCCAAAACAAGAACCAGAACCAGAAUCCGAACCGGAACCUGAACCUGAACCCGAACCCGUUACUACCACAACUGCACCAGAACCUGUUGCAUUAAAUCCGGCCUAUAUUUUACGAGAAAAACAAAAAUUAAUGACAACACCUUCAAAAUCAGAGCCAACAUCUGAACCUCAGCCUGAACCCGAACCAUCACAGACCACUACACCAAAGACAUCUGAAAUCAAUCACACCAUGGACACAUUCAUUACACAGAUGCGUGAAAUGGGUUUAGAUUCAGAACACGAUACUUCUCCGGUUACCGAAACGUCUAACAUGUCUACACCAGCAGCUAACAACCAGCGCUCUGUCCAUGAUAUCACAGAAAAUUCUGAAGAAAAAGCUAUUUUAUAUACGAACAAAGGUAAAUUUGCAUAUAAACCUAAUGAUGAUACAGAAAUAACUACGAGACGCAUUUCCAUAUCUGAGCCAAACCUCAUCAAUGAGCCAUCAUAUGAGCCGAAGCCUGAAAUAAUCUCAAUUUUAAGUGCCAAACAACGCAAUGUUAACCCUUCUGAAGAGACUCAUAUUUCAGAAAGCGAAGCUCCCACAACUGAAGUAAGUGAUUGGCUAGAGUAUCAUACUUCAGUUAAAUCUGAUGACCACAACCAGACCGAUUUCAAUGAACUCCUUAACAACAAUGCGAACAAAAUUGUGCACGAAUCUGAACAAAGGUCAUUUAAAGGAUUUGAUGAUGAUUUCAUGUUUGAAACAACGACUGCAGUUAACACAAAGUCAGUUUUCGAAAGUGAGUCGCAAGAUGAAACCAAAAAAGAUAUGACAACCCCAAGUACAGAAAUAACAAAAAGAAUGGAAGAGGUCAGCAAAGUGACUAUUGCGGAUUCACCUGUUAGUGAGGAAAUAGAUGAAGUAGAAAUAAAUAAAAUGGAACAGACAACUACACAAAAUACGUUAACCACCGUCAAACCUGAAAUUAAACAAGAAACAGAAAAAUCGUCACCAAUCGAUGAAGAAACAGAAACUGAAAAGGCACCUAUGAUCACUUCUAUCCUAGAGGAAGCUAAGUCUUUAACUAAUAAACCGAUCGCAACUGAACAAACAACGACUUCAGAACCGGAAACUGUUACGCAAUUUUCAAUUACCAAUCACUAUCAAGAAACCGAAGAAGACAAAAUAAUGAAAGUAUUGGAGAAUAAAUCGCAAGAUAAUGCAACAACCACAGAACGUGAACGUGAACGCGAACGGGAACCUGAAGAAGGUAUGGAUAUAACUUUUGAUGCCAUAAAUAUGCUUUACAACCGUUCCUCUAAGUCCAUUGAAAAACCACCCGUGAAGCCCAAUAAUACUACAGACACUCCUGUUACAACUGAAGAAACUGAGCCAUCUGGUGAACCUACAGUUUUGACUUCUACUGAUACAGAUUGGCUAUCAGAAUCCGUCACUGAAAUAAACUACAAUGAGGCUAUGAACAAAAUGGCAAAGAAUGAACCUACGGAACCCAUUAUUCACAAAAUUGAUGAAAUAAUGAAUCACGGUUUAGUCAAGACUGAUGAUUUUGAACCGGAUUACUUAAACAAUAUGGGAUCAACUGGAAAUAAACAAGAAUCAGACGAACCAUUAUAUGGAAUGGCACAAGAUUACGAUAACGAAGACUCACGUUUUAAAAGAGUAAAUAAAGAAGCUACAACUGAAACCACUAAAACAGAAUCAAUAAGUGAGACGGCUGAUAUAAAAGAAAAUAAAUCAGAAGAACCUGCAACAACUAAUAUGCCUAUUGAAACAACCACUGUAACAGAAUAUAUUUACAAAGUCGCUGAAGAAAAUUCCAAUAACGUUUCUCAAGCCACUGUUAUGGAUAAUGAAACCAAUAACUCAAGUUCAGAAAUCACUACAGUAAUAAAAGAAACGAAUUAUGAAAACAGUGAGCCCGAAAUAUCUAUGGAUGCUGCACCUGCACCAGUUUGGGAGGAGUCAGAAGGUGAUAAGUAUUUGACCGUCCAAGAAUUGCCAAAAAAAAUGGAAGUACCUGUAUUUGAGCACCCUGUUAUGAUUGGUGAAAUGCUGGUACCCUCUACUACUGGCACACCAACCACAACUACGCCGAUGGAUGUAAUAGUCACGAAUUCUACGACCGAAAAAGAAAAUAUUUUCGAAACUUUGACAAAUACAACACAAUUAAGUAAUCUCAAUGUUAAUAUAUACGAAAUACCAAGCCAUAACGGUAACAGUUCAGUGCCCUCGACGAAAUCUGCGAAUCCCCAGUCGGCAGAGUAUGACGACCACGAAACUGAAAUGAAUCCUUUCUUGCCUGAAGUCGAAAAUAACAAGAGUUUAGUCAAAAAACUUCAAGAAGGUCAUGAUCUUGAACCGAACAAUCUAACAGAAACUCAAAACGAAAACACAGAAGAACAUGUCUCAAGUCCUCCCGAAGGAUCAUCAAAUAAUGACUCUUUAGCAGUAUUAGGCAAAGAAGUUGAGACAAGCAUUAAAAAUCAAGAAGUAGUAAGUUCAACACCAGUGUCGGAAGACGACACUUCGUUUAAUGAAUUACUCAUGAACGUGAAUUCUCAUGAAAACGACACAAAAGUUACUCAACCCUUAAUGGCAGAAACUGAUGCUGCUACAACUUCAGCGACACUAGACCUAAUGAGCAGUGACAUGAAAAUAUCAAAACUCCAGGAAACCGACCCACUACCUGUCUCCAAGUUCUUAUUGGACACUGAUGACCUGGUUACUAAAAGAGAACCCACUACAACCAUAAUAAGCAUCGUUGCAAAUGUCGAGUCUGUAAGCCCUACUACAUCUGUACCCGCAACCAAAAACGAAGGUGACCUCAGCGUAGUACCCAUCGAUGAAGAAAAAGGUUUCUUGCAACAGCACAAAAGUGAAAACAUUGAAGAGCUCAAUGACAUUAGUGAUUUGCCAAAAAGUGAUAAGAGGACAAUAGAUGAUUCAGUAAUUAACAAUGAAGCGUAGUCUGCAGCUCAAUUUUAACUCAACACAAUUAGUUAUAACGUUAUUUUUCCAUUUCCUGUGAUUCCGUUGACACUGUCGAUCAAAUUAUUCAAAACAUAUUAUUUUUAAUUUGUACCAAUUUUAAUGCAAUUUAAUUACUGAAUUCAAUUUACUGGGUUUCGAUUCUUAGAAACUUGCACAGUACCUACCUUUUAAUAUUAAUGUCCUAUUCAUAUUAUCGUGAACAAUUUAUUCAUUAGACUAGUCAAACUAGGAAGAGUCAUCGUCUUGAAAGAAAGAUUUAGAUUUAUUUAUUGCUUUGUCUAUAAAAAAUAAGCAGAUAGCGUAAAAAUGUAUAAAUAUCUGGUAAAAACGUAUGUACUUUAAGUAUUUUACGCGAUGCACGCUCCGAAGGUACACGAACACCUAAGGCCCUGUAAUAGUACGCCCUCGAACUCAGAGGAUUACCUGACAGUCCUAUCUUGUAAUUGUUACCAUAGCUAAAUGUAUAUUAUUUUAUUUUAAAUGAUUCUUGAAUCGGACGCUAUAACGAGUUUGAAAACAAUGUGGUGUAACCGUUAGACGGCGUUUGAUAUUCUCUUGUGAUUGUCUGCCAUGCCGUGUAUGUGAUAACUCGCAGAUAAACUAUACAUUCCGUUCGUACUUAUUAACGUAGUGAUAUUACACAGAAGUGAGGUCUGAUUGUAAAAUAAUAAUUAAUUUAGUAAUUGUUAACUAAGAUAAAUAUUUUGUAUAAAUGGUUGAUUUGUAAAAUAAUCGAAUUAUGUUGUAAAUAAAUAUAAAAGUUAAUAAUAAUUAUCAUCAAGUUUUAAUUACCUUUCCUACAAAAGCAGAUAUCAGUCAAAAUGAUACAACAUGGCUAAAAUAUCGAGACUUUAUUAAGUACCAACAAACGAUAUAACUCUUAGUUAAACAACAAUAUUUAAGUAACAAAAUAAGUUGCUUCAAUCACAGAAUAGUUCAGUUUUUGGUCGUGGCGUGAUGUCGUCUAUUUCUUGCGCCGUUACUUGGUCGUCUAGUAACAUCCUAGCGCAGAGACACCCGUCGCCCAUCAUUCCGUUUCCACUAACGAUACAGUUACCUAGUACAGCCUUACAGCUAUUGUACGGUAAAGCAUUGGCUUCAUUGUCCUUAGCUAUCUCUGGUUUUUCAUCUUUAACUGUAUUCAUGGAAAGAAUGUCCAUUUCAAAUAUGUCUUUUAGUUUCACUGUACCAUCAGGUUUAUAUUCCACGACUGCAGUAUCGUUUUGAUAGUUACUCGCGCCAUUAACAUUGACACCGCAUCGUUGGGCACAUUCACAGCCUUCACAGGAAUUGUUAUUUACAAUUGCAUUAGUCGUAAUACUACUUGUAACCUCCGUCUUAGUCAUAUCUAGAGGUUCAUUGCCUAUUGGUGUAAAAUCGUAUUCUUCAUCAACAGUCUUGGUUAUUUGUGCACAGACACAUUUCUCGCCUUUAUCGUUCAUAAUACAUCCCCCUAACAUUUGUUUACAGUGAGCUACAUAUUCGUUGUCAGUUGCUGUAUCUACAAAGUUACUGUCAACACUGGUAUCAAAAAUAUUAGCUGGAACCUCUUUAGUAACUUCGUUUUUAACGUUUUGUAUACAAUUGAAUGUGUGUUCUUCAUACUGAGUUGUAGGUAUAAGCUGGCCACAAGAUGGACAUGUUAUGGAAUCUGAAAUUGAAUAGAAAUAAUUCUUUAUGUUAUUAUAGACUCGUGUAAGAUUUAUUGAAUAGUUCCUGAUAUACAAUGUUCUUGUUAUUCUCAAUGGGUACGCAGAGAUAUAGGAUUUUUUGCAAUUAUGUAGAUACUGUAGGUCGUUAUAAAUUUAAAAAAAAUGGGAAAUGCGAAGCGCCAAAUGCGAGUCACACUCGGACAGAAAGGAAUACCAAAACCACGUCUUCUGUAUGGGGCAUUUUGAUCUUGGUACCUACUCUUAUAGCGACAACAGAAAUUCCAUAUCCAAUUUAGACUGUCUAGCUAUCACGGAUCAUAAGAUACAUUCUGAUUACAAGCAGACAGACGGACAGGCAGCAGAGUCUUAGUUAUAGAUAUCCUUUCUACCCCUUAGGUACGCAACCCAAAAUGGCCACGAUAUUGUCAAGUAUCUACAGGUUAAAUACAGAGUAAGAGAUAGAAAUAAAAAUAAUAGAGAAGAGCAUUCCAUUUCCACUAACCAUUUUCUAUUUUCAACUUCGGCGUGUAAGAGAAAUCACAUGCCGAGUUAGAGUCCGAUGAUAUGCCGCUGUCUUGUUUGAAAUCUAAAACAACAUAA